GGGAUAGAAAUGGCCAUCUUCCUCUAUAAAAAGCUGUAUGAAUUGCAAUCCUAAUGUCUUACCAUUUCAACUCGAAGCCAUUACUGAAAUCUCCUUCUCUGCGGUUUGAAUGGCUACUCCGGCUACCAAUGGCGAAGAGCGAUUGAUUCAGAAGAAGUAUUGGAUGGAACAUUCAGCCGGACUUACGUUGGAAGGCAUGCUGCUCGAUUCCAACGCUUCCGAUCUCGAUAAGGAAGAAAGGCCUGAAGUGCUCUCUCUGCUUCCGCCUUACGAAGGAAAAUCGGUGCUGGAACUUGGAGCCGGCAUUGGCCGUUUCACAGGCGAUUUGGCGGAGAAGGCCGGCCAGGUUAUUGCUCUGGACUUCAUCGAGGGCGUGAUCAAGAAGAAUGAAAGCAUUAAUGGACACCAUAAAAACGUCAAGUUCAUGUGCGCUGAUGUAACUUCUCCAGAGCUCAAAGUUUCUGAAAAUUCAGUGGAUUUGAUCUUCUCGAAUUGGCUGCUCAUGUAUUUAUCUGAUAAAGAGGUGAAGAGUCUGGCAGAAAGAAUGGUAAAAUGGUUGAAAGUUGGGGGUUAUAUUUUCUUUAGGGAGUCCUGUUUCCAUCAAUCCGGGGACUGUAAACGAAAAUACAAUCCCACCCACUACCGAGAGCCAAGAUUCUACACGAAGGUGUUCAAGGAAUGCCAUAUGCAAGAUGAUGGUGGAGAUUGCUAUGAGCUCUCCCUCGUUGGCUACAAAUGUAUCGGAGCUUACGCCAGGAACAAGAAGAAUCAGAAUCAGAUCUGCUGGAUAUGGCAGAAGCAGAAGAGUUCCAACGACGAUCGAGGAUUCCAGCGCUUCCUAGACACAGUUCAGUACAAGUGCAGCGGUAUUCUCCGCUACGAGCGCGUCUUCGGACCAGGCUUCGUUAGCACCGGCGGGAUCGAGACGACGAAAGAAUUUGUAGGGAAACUGGACCUUAAACCAGGGCAGAGGGUUCUGGAUGUUGGCUGUGGAAUUGGGGGAGGAGACUUUUACAUGGCGGAGAAUUUCGAUGUCGAGGUCGUCGGAAUAGACCUCUCCAUUAACAUGAUAUCUCUUGCUUUAGAACGUGCCAUUGGACUCAAAUGCGCUGUUGAAUUUGAAGUCGCCGAUUGUACCAAGAAAGUUUACCCAGACAACGCAUUUGAUGUUAUUUACAGCAGAGACACCAUUUUACAUAUUCAAGACAAACCAGCGCUGUUUAGGUCAUUUUACAAAUGGGUGAAGCCUGGGGGAAAGAUUCUGAUAACUGAUUACUGCAAAAGUAGUGGCGCUCCUUCCCCUGCGUUUGCAGAGUACAUCAAGCAGAGAGGAUAUGAUUUGCACGACGUCAAAUCUUACGGCCAGAUGCUUGAGGAAGCUGGUUUCAAGGACGUGGUAGCCGAGGACCGAACCGAUCAGUUCAUGAGUGUUCUUCAAAGGGAACUCGACGCUGUUGAAAAAGAAAAGGAUGCGUUCAUCCAUGAUUUCUCCGAGGAAGAUUACAAUGAUAUUGUUGGAGGGUGGAAGGCAAAGUUGGAGAGGUGUUGGUGUGGAGAGCAGAAAUGGGGAUUGUUCAUUGCUCAUAAAGCUAAAUGAGCAGAGCAGCUGCCUUUAUUAUUGUAAUUACUUUGUUAUUCGGCAACUCUUUGUCUAUUCCUUGAGUGGAUUGGGAUUAAACGUUAAUAAAUGUUUUAUCCACUCAUUUAUUAAGGAAAAUAGUAAUAAAAAUAAUCGAAUAUUGAUGCCGACAUCGUUUUAUGUCAUUUAAA